GAUGGCAUGCGAUAAGUGUUCUCUCCCUUAUCUAGUUGUUAUUCAGCGAGUUUGUGAGAACGACAGUGAAGCAAUCCAAAUAUUACAAGGUCACGGUGCCCUACCAACAUCAAGACUGUCGUAAGUGGAAAUUGUUCACUUUUAAGGAAAGAAAUUCCUUCGUUUGUAACCAUAAGCGCACCAGAUCGCCCAGCUGUAUCCUCCACCAUGACAGGAGCAGAUGCCCGCCUGAUAUUCCUGCUAGUCCUCGCUGUUGUGGCAGCGGCUAAGGCUGCACCUCAGGAGGCAGGCCAGACGUUACAGACUGACCAAGACCAGUCGCAAGCCACCACACUCUCCACUGAACCCACUUCUACGACCACCUCAGCCACCACUACGACCACCACACCUCCCACUACGACCACCACACCUCCCACUACGACCACCACAGCUACCACUACAACCACCACAGCUACCACUGCAACUACCUCACCUACCACUACAACUCCUUCAGCUACAACUGCAACUACCUCAGCUACAACUGCAACUACCUCAGCUACCACUACAACCACCAAGCAUUACACAUGUCGCAAGCCUGGUGUCGAAUACCCCGUUGGUAUAACAUUCGAGGAGCUGCAGGAAGCCCUGGAGAUGGGCGGUGUGUUGUUGAUUGAUGUGCGCAACAGGACAGAGCUGGAAGCCACCGGCAAACUCCCCUGGAGCUACAACCUGCCCCUUCCAGAGAUAUAUGAAGCUGUUCAACUGGACGAGAAUGAGUUCAUGGAGAAAUAUGGGUUCCCGAAGCCACUGCCAGAGGAUAAAAACGUGGUGCUGACCUGCCGUUCUGGACGCAGGAUUAGGAAGGCCGGGAAACUACUUGAACCACUCGGUUACUGCAACAUCAGACUGUACUUUGGAUCCUUCUUGGAGUGGAAGGCUCGUGGUGGGUCAAUUUUUCAUGUGCCAAAGUCUUUAUAAGCCACCCUCCCCCCCACCAAACACCCUGAGUAAAAUUCCUCAUUGACAACUCUUAUAAAAAUUUUUAACUACUCCACCACCCACGCUCCCAUAUUUCAGCAAUAUCACAGUAGCAUCGUUCUUUUGGCUCACCAAGUAAAAAAAGAAAUACUUGUUUACAAUGGCCUUGUCUGUCACACAUCAACCGUCAUGCAUUUUUUUCGUGCUUUAGCCUAAGUGAAAUGUAUAUUUGUAAAAUCUGUGUCCUUUAUACCUUCCUAAGGUGUGCAUAGGAAGGCAAUGGUUGAGUUUGAUGAAUGAAAAUAAAAAUGUGGUACUUACAGGUAGGUUAAAAAAAAAUUAAUGAAAAAGACCCUGAAAACACUUGAAAUGGAGAGUUGUGGUCACCAUCCCUAAGAGCUGAGGAUGGCACCCUAGUUAAUCAAUUGAUAAGAAAUCUAGGGAUCCAUAUGGAGUCAACGACUAAAGCCCAUAAUUUUUUGCACAAUAGUUUUAUCACACACAAUUUUAGUAGAGGCUAAAAUUAAGUGGCAUCCUUAUUUACUCACAACAAUUGGUAGAUUACCGAAUUCAUCACGAGAUGAUGCAAAGAUCCACUGCUUGUGUAUAUAACCAUCAAUGAGUAAAGGCCACUAAUUCACACGAUUGGUAUACCGUGAAACAACUUUUGGAUCAAAUUUAAUGGGGUCAGAUUUGAAAUAAGUUUUUGAAAAUAUUUUAGACUUAAACAAAAGAAUAACAACUUUUUGGGGGGAUUUUCAGACGAGAAAAUCCGAACAAGGCCCUUGCUUCAAAAUGUGUACCAUGGGGUAAUCUGUUCGGUUAACAUUGACAAAUGAAUAGUGACUGCAGUAGUUUACCCGCCAAAGAUGUAUCUGGGAACCUGCACCAUUAAAUUUUUCUCAAAUUCCUGCAGUUUACUGCACAGUAUUUUUGUAAAGUAUAAGAAACACUUAAAUAACUAUAAAAUACACCUUUUACUUCUUAACCUCAAGCUGUACAUUAUUGGAAUAUUUCCUCUUUCAGUGAUCAUUUCCCCAAACCCCAUAUUUCCCAUUAGGCCCAGCCCUUGCUAACCACAGGAAAAAUCUAGUGACUGCAAGCCAAUUGCUUCAUUCCCUGCCAAUAGAUUAAUAUUUACAUGUUUACAUUCAAUAGCUAUUUACUAUUUCCAGCACUUUUUGUCUUUUCAAACCUUUUGUAAUUAAAUAGAGGAUAAAAUAAACAAGACAGUGUGCC